AUGUCGACAUCACAGACUCCCCUUCGCUUCCACUCCCACAAAUCCCUCACCUCCCGCCUGGUUCUCUCCACACUGUUGGGUCGUGCCAUUCGAAUUGACCAAAUCCGUCCUGAUUCUCCUAUCAAUCCUGGGCUUGCUCCCCAUGAGAUAUCCUUUCUUCGCUUGCUCGAGACUGUAACCAAUGGUUCUCAUAUCGAAAUAUCAUAUACCGGUACCGUAUUACUGUACAGGCCGGGUCUAGUCACUGGCUCCGCGAGUGGCAGCGGAGCAACAUCAGCUGGCGUGUUGCGCCACGAGAUACCGGCAAAUAAUACCAGGGGGCUGAGCUACUUUCUGCUGCCUAUCUGUUUAUUGGCUCCAUUCAGCAAAUCCAAGUUCAAUGUUCUAUUUACAGGACCCGGUGUAAUCACCAGUUCCACAGAAAGAUGGGGAGACAUGAGCGUGGACAGCGUGCGCACCGCCAUCCUCCCCCUCUACGCCAGGUUUGGAAUCGAGAGGGAUAUCGAACUAAGAAUACUCAAACGAUCAAAUCCAGGCCAAUGGGGUGUUGGCGGCGCUGGUGAGGUCCAGCUUACUUUUGGGCAUCAAGUGCGACUUCCGAAGACGCUACAUCAAUUGAACGCAGGGCGAGUCAAGAGUAUUCGGGGCGUUGCAUACUCUACGGGCGUCUCGGGCAGCAAUAAUGCAAGAAUGAUCGAGGCUGCUCGUGGCGUUCUGAACCGAUUUGCCAGCGAUAUCUACAUCUUUUCCGACGUAAGCAGUGCCAGCUUGGUUCCUGCUCCCGAGAAGAAUAACCCCAGUGCGAAGAAAAAAGUCGGCCUUGGGUUCGGCUUGUCCUUGGUUGCUGAAAGCUCCAGCGGAAGCUUGUAUUCAGCUGACUCAUCGAGUCCUCCCGAAGGCGGCCAGGCGCCAGAAGAAAUCGGGAAAGCAUGUGCACUAGAAUUGUUGGAAAGUGUGGAAAGAGGAGGUUGUGUCAGCCUUGAGGCAGUUUCCACGGUAAUUACCCUCAUGGCCAUGGGCUCCGAAGAUGUGGGCAGAGUGCAACUUGGUCGAGAUGUUCUGGCGAACGCGUCUACCGUCCAGCUCGCCAGGGAUCUAAAUGCAUUUGGGACGGCGGGAUGGGGAAUCAGAGAUUCUGAUGGUGAGAAGGCUCAAGGGCAGUUGACUGUCAGUGUCGUUGGAAGAGGUGUCGGUAACGUUGGUCGUAAAGUUGGCUGA